CGUUGCAGCCAGAUUCUUUACCAUAUGAGCUACCAGAGAAGCUAGAUGUACCAUUUAUUAAAACCAAACAAACACACAGCAGAGGGUAGAAAGAGGUAAGCUGAAUGGAAAGGUAACAUCUGAGCAUGCGUGCUAAUGGACCUACGUAACUGGGCGUGGCCAGUUUUGGCGGGAGGCAAUCCUGCUUCAAGCAGGAAACUUCAAGUUUCCACCCACUUUGAAAAGGCACUCCUGUCCCCGGAGAGUGAACCGUUAGGUGACCCCAUUCCUGCCUCUCUUGCCCCGCCUACUCUCCUGAUCUCCGAUUGGCCAGAUCAAGUUGGCUAACUGUUCUGAUUGGUUGAUUGUCCUUGGUCGGUUGAACUGUGGGAUUUCGUCCCGACAUCUCGUGGGAUUUCGUCCUGACGUCCAGCGGCACUUCGGCACCGCUUCACGUCUGAGAACCUUUGGCCUUGUGACUGGAGAGACCCAGGCUGUGUUCCUUCUAGAUAAGCGCCAUGAACAGAGGCAGCUUCUGGGAAAACCCCAGGGAAGAUAGGAAGAAAUUAGAGAAGAAAUCCAAGGCUUUCAAGACUAUUUCCCAAUACUUCUCUAAGAAAGAGUGGGCACGUCUGGGAUACUCGGAGAAAAUCACCUAUGUGAAUAUGAAGAGAAACUAUGAAACCAUGACUAGACUAGGUCUCAAGUGUACCCCACCGGCUUUCAUGUGUCCUAAAAAUGGAGCCACAAAAUCCAAGCAUUGUGAUUCUAAAACUGAGAACCCCAGGAAAAAGGAUGAACCUCCUCAAGGGACUUCCAACAUGCAAGGGAGAAAACCCCAGAAGGUGACGCCCAAGAAGCCUGUAAAGGGAAAAAAACGUUCGAAGAUAGUACCAGGAACAUCAGGCCCAGAGCAGGCUCAGAGACAGCUGGGCUCCCGGGCAAAAGCAAGUAUCUCUGCUCAGCAGAGUAAGAAAACAUCAGGAUCCAAGAGAAAGAAGGUUUGGGCUAACAGACUGCGCAAAAGAAAACCGGUUGCCUAUGAAGAAAUCAGUGAUUUUGAGGAAGAAUCCAAUGGAAACACGGUUGAUGUUUGGGCCAACCGACUGCAAGAAAGAGAACCGGUUGCCCAAGAAGAGAUCAGUGAUCGUGAGGAAGAAUCCAAUGGAAACACGGUUAAUGUUUGGGCCAACCGACUGCGAAAAAGAAAACCAGUGGCCUAUGAAGAGAUCAUAGAUCCCGAGGAAGAGGAAGAUGAAGAUGACUAACUCUCCUCACGGAUGUGACAAGUGCCCAAGAUAAGAAGCAGAACUUGGUGGCUGUUCAUGAACAUGGCACGGCUAUGAAUUCCUAGCACAUGAGAUAAACAGUUCACAACAGUUAAACAUGAUUUUCCUUACUGUGUGCCAAGCAUUAUUAGUUAUUAAAGUUGUGUUAAUGAGCAAGACAUAUA